AUGCCGUCGUGGACGACGUCGAGCGCGAGGGCGCGGGAGGUGAUGUCGCGCGACCGGGGCGGCGGCGUCGUCGCGCGAGCGUCGCGCGCGCGGGGCGCCCGGCGCGGACGCGCGCGCGGGGGGGGGGUACAUCUCUCCGACGACGUCGUCGUGACGCUGAUCGUGCGACGACGGUUACGGGAGGGAGAGGCGGAGGUGCGGGCGAGCGGGUCGAGCGACGCGCUGGGCGCGUGGGACGGCGCGCGCGGGACGGCGAUGAAACAGCGCGGUGACGUCCACGCGUGCGCGGUGCGAUUGCGCGUGGGGGAGACGCAUUCGUUUAAAUUCGUCACCGUGGACGCGCGUGGGGAGAUCGUGAUGUGGACGCCGGGAGAGGCGAUGACGCUGGAGACGCCGAGGCGGUGCGCGAGCGCGGAGGUGUGGUGCGAAUGGCCGAGCGAUGACGCGCGGAUGACGAUCAAGGCGUCGAUCACGUUGGAGAUGAGCGCGAGUGAUAAUAGGGUGGAGACCGGAGGGGCGUGGUUGGCGUACGGGAGCGGGGAUGUUGAGCACGCGAACGUCGGCGAGGACGACGCCGACGGCGAGGACGGAGGGCAAACGUCCGUCGCGGUGUCGUCUGAUGAGGAUGAGGACGAGGAGGAUGACGAUGACGGCGUCGCCGCGAUGGGUACCGUGACGAUUGACGAGGACGAGAUCAACGUGGACGAUUUCGACGACGUUGGGAUGACCAUCGAGAAGCGCGCGAAUUUCUCGAGCGACGAGUCCAUGGACGAGGGCGAGUACGCGUACAGGCCGCAAGAUCACGUGGACGAGAUGCUGGAGGCGUCAAAUGGAUUACACACCGAGCUCGUAUUCAAUGCCGCGAACGAGGAGGAUUUCGGCGUGCGAAUCGCGAUAUUGGAGGAGGGCGAGCUCGUCGAGCUCUGGCACGAGCACGGCACCGAACCGGGGAAGGGCAUGCGCGUGGGCGAUAUUUAUCUCGGCACGGUGAGCAAGGUGAUCAGCGGGAUGCAAGGGGUGCUCGUGGACCUCACGGGUAAGGGGCCGCCGUACGCACUCAUGCAAAAGGGGAUUGAGAAGCCUGCCCUGGCUUGGCGUCUCAAGGGGAGCGCGUCCGCGGCGUCUGACGAGACCUCGCGACAGGCAGACAACAGGAACGAAGCGCGGAACGGCGGGUGGUGGGAAGGAAACAAGUGGAAGUCCGACGAGGACGCGACACAAACUGAGGUCGCACCGGGGUCAGCGAACGAGCCGCUUCGAAGUUACACGCGUCGACUGGCCGCGAAGGGCGCGGCGGGCGGAUCCGCGUGGCGCGGCGCUGGAGGUCGCUCGAUUCGAUCAUCCACGCCGAAAUCACCAGGAGAGAGUUCACGAUGGGUGAGAUGGACGCCAGAUUUGACCCCAGACGAGUGCACGGUGGAUGUAAACGGCAACAACGAGAGCGACGUCCAGGACGAGGGUGACGACGACUCAGAUGGAUCGGGAGGCGACGUCGUCACGGAGAAGAUGACGCGACGACGGCUUCGCGAGGAGUGUUACUCCAUGUGGCAGCCCGGGCAACCCGUUGUGGUGCAAGUCACGCGACUCGGUAGUGGAUACAAGGGUCCUCGGGUGACAGCGCGACCGACGCUCCCGGGAAGAAACGUUGUCCUUUGCCCUGACGGGGAGGGCGUGUACGUGUCCAGGAAACUCAUGGGACACGCGCGUAAGUAUGUCAAGGAUGUGGGACUCACAGUGUGUCCGGAAGGCAGCGCACUCAUCAUGCGGACUGAGGCCGCGGGCGUGAACAAAGACACGUUGAGGCUCGACAUCGGGUGCUUGGCGGACGACUGGUCGAAAAUCGUCACUGAGUCGGAGGGCGUCGUGUACGCGGCCAACGAGUCAUUUACGACUCCGCAUCCGCGGCGUCUGCUUCAGGCUGCCUCCCGAGAGCAGGUACUCGUACGUGAUUUAUUUGGCGAGCGCGUGUCGAAGCUCACUGUCGAUACCCCGGAAUCGUAUAAAAUCAUUGUUGACGACUUGAUGCGCUCGGGCGCGUCGCAAGCCAUCAUAGACCGCGUCGUUCUGCACGAAGCUCCGGAGUCGGUGUUUGAAUCUCUCGGAGUUGACGCGGACAUCGAAUCCAUGGUCGGAACGGAACGCGUUUUCCUCGGUCCUGAGCUUUCUGGCGCGCACAUAGUGAUCCAGCACACCGAAGCUCUCACGGCAAUCGACGUGAACGCCGGGCGCACGGCGAUGGAAGCCGGCGAAGAUGGCGAGGCGAUCGCUUUGCGCGUUAACAUGGCCGCCGCAGCGCUCGUUGCGAGAGUACUUCGCUUGAGAGACAUCGGCGGACUCGUCAUGGUCGACCUGAUCGACAUGCACGCCGAUGAUGCUCGCAGAGAGGUCGAGAAAGCGUUCCAAGCCGCUGCGGCGCGCGACAGAGCGCAAGUGGUUUUCGUGCCUAUUUCAGCUCUCGGCGUGAUGGAAAUCGCUCGCGAACGGUUGCAGACGCACGCUCUAGGCGCGGCUGCUGUCAUCGCGAACGAGAAGGGCAUGCCCAUCGCCUCACUGGCUGACAGUAAAUUUAUGGGGGACAAAUCGCAUCAGAAGAAGGUUCGGAGUGUCAGGGGACCGCGUCCGCCACCCUGGGCCGCCGGACGCGGAAGAGGCGGUCGUGGUCGUGGAGGUCGCACGGAAAGGAAGCCGUUCAGAGACUAG